AUGUAUAAUAGGGUGCGAGCAAAGGCGGCAGGUUGGUGGAAGGCGAGUGAAUGCGCAUCGACAAUAUAUCUACGGUAUAGAUAUGGUAGACUUUUGGCUCGUUCAGUCGUUGCAAUAAGAUCUGACUGGGUUUCAGGGUUUGGGGUUGGCACUUUGGGUGCGAGUGACUCCAAAAACAGGCUAGAAGGCACCCUCAGCGGGGAUCAUUCUCUCGCCCGCAGCCGCCGGCGCGACAUCUUUCGCACAACGAUCGUCAGGUUCAACACCCCUUUUAUGAUCAUCUCGGAUAUCUUGGCGACACUGUUUUCAAUGUUGAAUCGCUUAUCAACAGAGUAG